AUGGCAACCUGGAGCGCGCAGGUUUCAAUUCUCAGCUUGCUGGCGGCUCUGGUGAUCUCGUGUGCCCAUGGAACGUGCACCACUUCCUUCACAGCAGAGGAUGCGCAAUCCGUGUUCAUUCCCAGUGAUUUGGACCAGGGGCUAGUUCCUCCGGAGGGUAAUGUGCCCAUCGCUCAGCUGUUCGCAGUCGGUGCUCAGCAUUACACCUCUAAUGGCACGGCGUGGGUCCUAACGAACGCCACAGCUGAGCUCUUCAAUUCGCGCUUCGAGAAAGUUGGCAUCCACUUCUACGAGGCGCAAGUUGAUUCCGAGGGCGGCCAGCCCUCCUGGAUGACCCCGUGCCCUCGAAGCCUCGUCACCUGCAAGCGCCUCUUCGCCGCGCAGGUUCAAAACAACAGCAUCACCUGGGCACUGCUGAAGGCUACCAAUUCCCAAGGAUCCUCGUAA